GCUGCCGCACACACCGGAGGGCAGAGUGUUACAGACGGUUUAAAAAAAGCAAAACACACCGGCAUGGAAAUGUUGGUGAGCUGAUUUAAAGCCACGCUGAGGACUGGGGAGCAGGUCUAAUCUUACCUCGGCACUUUUUGUGUUUCAAGCGGCAAUAAAUUAGUGGGGAGACGUACAGUAUUUUUACGCACUGGCCACGCAGCAUGCCCGAGUUGGACUAGAGGCGACCCUGCCGGAGCGCAACACGCACGCGGAACACCACUGAGAGCCAGGAGGCAUAUUUACAAUAGAAACUCAAUUCCUUUGCGAGGAAGAAUAGCAGAGCGGGGGAGAAGGAGGAGUGAAAGAUAACACUGGAAUGAAGUGGACCUCGGGAUUCCUGGCGUGCUGCGGAGUUGUGACUGAUGGAUGAAUGUGGUCAUCUGUAGGCUAUAUACAGCGACAGGUACAGACACCGUCAAGGGGAGCUUUGACAAAGACGCGGCGCAGCGCUCCACCGACAGCCGCAUCGCCAGAUUGUCGAAAAACCGCGCGAUUGGUUAGAUUUGCUUCGCGCAUCAGAUCGCCGAGUUUUCUCCACAGAGUAAAAGAAAAGGUCGUGAGGGGGUGUUUUUUUCUGCCUCAGCCACAGGUCAACCAGGACACUCGGGAGGCUGCUGCUUUCCUCCAGAUCCUAUCAAGAAUCGGGGCUUCUUCGCACGACAGUUCAGUCAAGGACACGGGGUCUGGAGCAGAUCUAAAGAAGUCGGACAGAAGGACAUGUAUCUGAUAUCGACCUCACAUGCUCCCGACUGAUCGUAGCUCACCUUCCCACCGGGCGAACCACAGAUAAAGGUUGCCAGGCGCACCGUCCGUCGCUCUGAGUUAUCGGCUCACUUGUCUAGUGCAUUUAUCAGAAUGGCGGGACUCGGUUGUUGGAAGUAUUACCUCUGGAUCUUUAUAAUAAUGUGCAGGUCGGCGUUACCUUCGGCAAAAUCGCUGGAGACUAUAAUCUGGAGCUCGCAGAAUCCCAAGUUUGUCGCUGGAAAAGGCCUGGUGAUUUACCCAGACAUCGGGGACAAGCUGGAUAUCAUCUGUCCCAAAGCGGACCAAGGAAGAGAUUAUGAAUACUACAAGUUGUAUCUGGUGAAGAGGGAGCAGGCAGAGAGCUGCAGUACAGUCCUUGAUCCUAAUGUCUUGGUCAACUGUAACAAACCUGAAAAGGACAUCAAGUUCACCAUCAAAUUCCAGGAGUUCAGCCCCAACUACAUGGGCUUGGAGUUCAAGAGGAACGACAACUACUACAUCACCUCAACCUCCAACGGUACAAUCGAGGGCCUCGAGAACCGGGAGGGAGGCGUGUGCAAGAGCCGAGCCAUGAAAGUCAUCAUGAAAGUCGGGCAAGUUCCAAAUGCAGCAAACCCUGCUGUGCCGGAGGUUCCAGACAAUGCCAUACCGGAGUCCAGUCCCAGUCCGCCUGAUCGGAUGGGACCCGAGGUACUGGGAAACUCUGACCACAUGAAUCAGGACCAGUCAGGGUCUUCAAAUUCAGAGGGCAUCCUCGGCUCCAAAGUGGCCCUGUUCUCUGUCAUCGGGGUCGGCUGCAUCAUCUUCCUCCUGCUCAUCCUCCUCCUCGUCAUCCUCCUCAUUAAGAUGCGUAAGCGGGCCAGGAAAAAUGCCCACUCGCAGCCCCGCCCCUCCGCGCUCUCGCUCAGCACUCUGUCCAAUCCCAAGCUGCCGGGGGGCACGGCUGGAACGGAGCCCAGUGACAUCAUCAUUCCGCUGCGGACAGAGAACAACUACUGCCCUCACUAUGAGAAGGUGAGCGGCGACUAUGGCCACCCCGUCUACAUUGUCCAGGAGAUGCCGCCGCAGAGCCCUGCCAACAUCUACUACAAAGUCUGACACUCUUUGGGCAGCCAGCAUCAUGGUCAGGAGAGAGAGAGAGAGAGAAAAAAAAGAGAGGAGCGCUUGACUUAUGUUCGUGGGAAGGACACUUUCCUUUGCAUUUUGGGGAACUUGAUGUUUCUUCAAGCCCGUGUUGUUUCUACCACCUGCUGCACAAAUCUGGAGAACCAUGCACUGACCAGUAACCAGCGGGGUUAGGAGCUGACGGAUGAGAGAAGUUUAUUCUGUUUGUUUGGGUUGUCUGACAAUCCCCAUCUUCCCUCCUCCCCCUCUCCUCACUUCCCACCUCCUUCAUUCUCCCUGCUGUGUUCUGACCGCGAGGAGGGGGUGCGGGGGAGAGCUGGAUCACACCAACAGAUGGAACUCAAGCUUCGUCAUUCGCUGUCCCUUUUAAGGGACAGGAUACAACUUAUCUCAGUUCCCUGAAGUCUGCUCUACACCCAAUUAAACACACCACCCUAGCACACUAGGCAGGAACAGGCAGAUGCAGGCCCGAACACCGCUCAGCCUGCAGUUUGUGUGCAAGCGUAAGAAAAAAAAAAAAAACAACGUGUGUGUAUGCGUGCGUCUCUGUGCAUGUGUGCGCGUGUGUGUGUUAGUCGGGGCUCCGUGCUGGGCCAGGAAACUCUCCAGAUAGCUCAGGUAUCAGACACAGUGUGUGAAAUAAUGUGUUCCUCUCCCUUCGCACCUCUGAUGUUUGCCUUACUAUUUUUGAUGGAGGAUUUCCUUGAACCCCGAUUCAGUUCACAAAGCAGUUGUAUUUUGUUAGACUUUUCCUACAAGUGCACAAUGUAUAGAGUUAAACAGAGCGCCAUUAUUACUCCAUCGUCUCAUCACCCAUAUCAUCCACUGCUCCCAUUUUUUUUUUUUUUUUUCUUAAGGAAGUACCUUGACCUGGACAGUUGAUGUCAAGGUGUGUAUGUGUCUGUACGUGUGUGUGUGUCUCCAGGAAUACUCCCAUCUCCGUUGGCCUGAUAUGAGCUUUACCAUUACUACUUUUUUGUUUUUUAAGGGUGUGUCUUCCGUUAGUGUGUUUGGACAUGUCCGGACCUGUCUGGUAUCUGAGAAGACUUAUUGGCUCAGAGGUAGAACACUAGGUUACUGUUGCAAGCUUCAAAAAUGACAGACUAAAGCGCCUGCAGAGAGACAAGCCCAAGCUCUUGCAAAAACCCUUUCAGUGCUCCAGUUGGCACCGAUUUUACUGUGUCUGAUGGGCUUUCAGGGUGAUUGUUUUUAAGACAGCAGGCAGGUUGAUAUUUGUUUAUUCUAGCUUUUGGUGCUACAGUGUAAGCAUCAAACAAUUUUGUGCUUGCUGCCUGGGCAAGGUGGGCGUAGGCUGGCACUGAUUGGCUGGCCUACAUAGGUAGGAUGCCCUAUAUAUAAGUUGGAUAGAGAGCUACAGCUGAACACAGGGCUACAGUAUUAUCAGAUGCCAAUUGGCUGCCAUCUGUGGAUGAGUCAGUGGAGUGCACAGUUAGUGGCGUCGCCAGCGUGUGACUAAUCUGUGUGCCAUCUCCAUGCCCACACUCACCAGCCGGGGAGCAAGAGAGAGUGAGAGCGGCGGCUAGAAGAGAAAAUGUUCCUGUGACUUGGCUUUAACCUGCAAGGGUGAUGGUGGUGGGGAAGGGGUGAGGUGGAGGGGGUUGUGGAGGUAGUUUAGCAUUCAUUUCCCCCCCCAUCCUCUUGCCAGUUGUGCUGUGAAUAAAAAUGCCGCGCAAAUUAUUCCACAGUCAAGGUGUUCAGCCAGCGAGGACACUGCAGACCAGCUAUCACACAGCCCAGGGCAGCGGCACCGAGACAGGAUUUACUGCGGCUGGAUGUGUGCACGUGUGCACGCAGAGGCUCGCUUUUAGGCGAGGGGGGGAGGAGGAGGCAUCUGUGUGGUGAACAUGUAGGUGCUUAUAUGUGUGAGUGCUUAUUUGUGCUUAUAUUUGCAGUUUUUCUUUGUACGCCUGCGUGUGUGUGUGUGUGUGUGUGUGUGUGUGUGUGUGUGUGUGUGUGUGUGUGUGUGUGUGUGUGUGUGUGUGUGUGUGUGUAUGCGCGCUUCUGUGGUCCAGCAGCUGAACAGACCUGUUUUUUGGGACUGGAAGUAGGUGCUCCAAACUGUGGCUGCCAAAGUACAGAGUGCCGCAGUCCCAGUUAAUGAUGUGUGAGAGGAGAGGGGAGCAGAUAAGGACAGCCAUUCCUCAGCACGCAGACAUGAGCUGACAUUUGACGCACAUGUGCACACACACGCACGCACGCACUGACACACCGUGACUUGACGGGUCCAGGUUUAUCUCCAGUCAAACGGUCAAACUGCCGGUUAAUGUUUAUUCACUGGUAGAGACACCUAUCAUCCCCGGCCACAUACUGUUGCCAUCCACCGACACACUGCUGAGUUAAAAGGCAGCCCAGCUUGAAGACUCUGGGAAGACUCCAAUGGCUUUUUUUUUUUUUUUUUUUGCUUGUCGUUAACCUCAGAGUUAACAACCUAAACAGCUGCUUGUGCUUUUGUGGUCCUGUGUUUUAACUCAGCAUGCAGCCCUCAGUGGCCCUCUGUGAAACACAUUUAGAUCAAAUAUUUUUGUUUCGGAUCGCUGCGCAUCCAUUCACCUACACCAGCUUAGGGAGUCAUUACCAAAUUACCACAAACCAUAUCUCAUUUUCAUUCAUUCUAGUAAACCACUUAAUAAUAUUCAAAAAAAUGUUUUUUUGUGGGGGGGGGGGGGCAAAACAGUAAAUGUAAAUAUAUGGAUAGAGCCCGAUUUAAGAUGUAAUUUCACCUGAACACUGCUCACGAGAAAAAUUUAAGAUUAGAUUUUUGUAAUGGAGGAUGUUUGUAAAUAGCUGUCUUUUUAAAGUGUGUUUUGUAUGAAUCCUUGCAUUUUUUUUUUUGUCUCUGCUACACGUUUUUAUUUUAUUUUCCUUUUAGAGUUAAUAUUGCAAAAGAUCACAUGAGCUGUCUUUUUCGCAGCAUCCAGUAUUGUCAAAAAGUCUUUGUUACUACACGUGUUUAAAAGGAAAAAAAAGAAAAAAACAAAAAAAUGGAGUUCCGAGUUUUUUGUUUUUUUUCUUACAUUGCCAUUAAACACAAAUUGUACUAGAAUCUGUUCGGGACUGAAGAUUGGCGUUGAAAUAGAUAGGUCACUGAAGCUAUGAAUGAUGAGGCUCUUCCCUGUUGGAGACGGCACUUAACUCUACAUAUGAAGACUGUGUUAUUCCACUGCCUUUGAGUUACCUCCAUUAUAAGAUGUAAAACAUUUUUGGCCCACAAAGAUGAAUCUUUCCUCAGUUUUAAUAAGUCUAUCGGGCCAGACGGAGAGAGACAGAUGUGGAGAGAGAAAGGAGAAGAAAAGAGGCCACGUAUGAGUGUGUGGCCGUACUGCGCUCGCCAAUAAAUCAUCUGGUUUACACCACUCAUUAUCUCCCAGGCGGUCCUUUUGUUUUAAAGAUGCUCUCUCCUUUUCUUUCCCUCCCUCCGCUCCUCUCCUUUGUCAUCACUGCGUUCCUAAUUUAGCACAAGGAUGUUGGUCGCUCAUGGCAUGAGCCUCACUGUAGGUUGAUUUCUGCUAUUGUUCAAAGCCACAGUAUUAUUUUUCAAUGUGCAUGUGUAAGCAAAACCUGUUGAAUUUGUUUCCCUUUGUUUGAAUCACAACUGUCGAGUUUUGUUAUUUUUAUUUUAGUUCAUUUUUGCCAUUCACUUUUUUCUUUUUUUUUUUCUUUUUUUUGUUUGCAGCUUCUCAGCAUAACCUGUUGGCACCAGCUACAAUGGAAAUAAAGUUCCACCAGUUUGGAAACUACCGCAUAUUGAUAAAUAAAAUUUUUCCCAUGGAA